UUGCCUUUUGCAUUUGCAUGUGAUUUAAGUUAAAUGAAAAUCAAAUUUCAUCAAAAUAAAAUCAAACAAAUAAUAUAAUAAUUAUGGCUGAGCAACGGGUCAAACACUAUAAAAGCGCCAAUGAGGACUAUAAGGUCAGAGAACUCAUCUUGUUUCCGGAUUACGGACCAUUCUAUGGCAUAAUGGGCGUGGUCGCUGCCAUUGUAUUCUCAUCGAUUGGUUCCGCAUAUGGGACAGCAGUUUCUGGCACGGGAAUUGCCGCCACGGCAGUUAUGCGUCCGGAGCUGAUCAUGAAAUCGAUUAUUCCCGUUGUUAUGGCGGGAAUCAUAUCCAUCUAUGGACUGGUCGUAUCGGUGCUUAUUUCUGGACAACUGGAUAGCGCUGCAAAUUAUCCGGUGGCCAAGGGUUAUAUGCAUCUGGCGGCCGGUCUAUCAGUCGGCAUGUGCGGUCUGGCCUCCGGGUAUGCGAUUGGAAUUGUCGGCGAUGUGGGUGUGCGUAAUACGGCGCUGCAACCACGUCUGUUUAUUGGCAUGAUCUUGAUACUGAUAUUCGCUGAGGUGCUGGGACUAUAUGGCAUGAUUGUGGCCAUAUAUCUAUACACGAAGGACGUUUAGACUCUUGUGCUGCUCAUUUUUUCUAAUAAAAUUGCAUAUUACAUGUGAAAUAUAAAUAAUUUCAAAUAUGGCGCCAAAAAAUGGUCAAAUAAACGAUUGUUAAUAUCGAUUAGCGAUAAA